AAUAAAAUUAACCAUUGCUAUCUCUUCUCAGUCUACUGUUUCUUACAAUUACCUUCACUAAAACUAUCGUCGCUGUUUACCAGACAAAAUGACAGGCACGCACUCCAUCAUUACUCCUGCUAUUAUGUACUGGGGAACCCCAGUAGCCCUCAUCACCACCUCCAACGACGACGGCACUGCCAACAUUGGCCCCAUAUCCUCAGUCUGGUGGCUCGGCCAUCGCUGCCUCCUAGGCCUAGCCUCAGGAUCCCAAACCACACUCAACCUCUUCCGCACAAAGCACUGCGUCAUCAACCUUCCCAGCAACGACAUGGCGCACUACAUCAACCCCAUCGCAAAAACCACCGGCACCUCAACUGUCCCACCUGGCAAAAAAGACCGUGGCUACAAGCACUGCAAAGACAAGUUCGCCGCUUCAGGUCUUACCCAACAAGCCUCUGAUCUUGUGCAGCCGCCAAGGAUCUCGGAGUGUCCUGUGCAGAUGGAAGCAGAGGUUACGAAUAGUAUGGAUUUGAUGCAGGAUGUUCCGGAUCGGAAGGGGCUCUUGGUUGCUGUUGAGGUUAAGAUUCUGAGAACGCAUGUUCGGAAUGAUUUGAGGAUGGAGGGGUAUGAGAAUAGGAUUGACCCUGAUCGAUGGAGGCCGUUGAUCAUGAGUUUUCAGGAGUUCUACGGCCUUAUGCCUGCGAAAGUCGCGGAGUCGAGUCUUGGUACUAUUGAUGAGGAAAAGUAUCGUUUCAUUACUAGAUCAGAGGUUGUUAAGCAAGGAGGAGAUAUGGAUGCGUUGAACGGUGAGGCUGCCAUGGAAACCGAUAUUUGCCCAGAUGGCGAUACGCGCACCGAAAAAGAAAUGAUCGUCAAACUCAUAGUCGCGCAUUUCACAGCCGUCGUCGCCUUCUGCAAUUUCCAGUCCCUGCGCAACGAAAGACUCGACACCAUCGAACCAAUUCUAUUUCUUCUAUCGCCCUUGAUAGUAAUAGCCCAAACAGCGCUCGGGAUCAUCAUAAUUAACGUCGCAUUCGUCUCAAACGUCGCUCAGUCCCCUAAAUCCUUUUCUCUUCAUCUUGAAACUUACGCGCGACGAUGGAAUACGCUAUUCGGAAAGAAGCCUUCGCAACCUCGUCGAACACCCACUGGCUCGUUGGAAACAAUGCGAUCGCGCUUUGGUAGUGCCUGGAUAAGACUUGGAAGAGCGGUAGCUAUCUUUGCAGCACUUUUCCAAUUCGCAGCUACGAUAUUUCUCUACCGACGUCGAAAGAGUUUACAUGGCUGGGAUUCACUUACAGUCGUUGACCAUCGAACAUUUGAGCUAUCCGCUGGCGGCGCCGCCGUCUCCAUCCUAUCUCUUGCCCUCCUUCUCAAAUUUCCCGGCUUUGGGCAAGCACCGGAAACGUUGUAUAUUCCAGAGUUCAAAACAGAUCCCGCAAUCAUUUUCUGUCGCGGUGAUUCCCGCCGUUGCCCGAGCUGGUAUCAGAUCCUCUACGCUUCAGAUAUCGGAUCAACUACAUCAGCUACGACGUGGCUAGCAUGCGUUUUGUCAUCAACAUACAAAGGCGAAUCUAUACCACUUGACUUCAUAUAUGAGUUUUACGAAGGGAUCUACGCCGAGUUUGCCCGAGAAUUCUCGCUCCAAAUCUCGAUGCCGAUUUUCUACCUCUUUGUUGCAGUAUUCUUAGCGGUAUUCUUCACGCUACCGCAUGUAUACAACGGCCCAGGCUUUGAAGCAGUCAGCAAAAGUCUCUGGGCCAUGAUUCCAGCUCUUCUUGUAGUAUUGGCCGCUAUGCUUACUUUUUUCUGCAUGUUUAUGCUGAUCAUGUUGCCGGUUCUUAUGGUGUUGUUUCCGUCUCUUGUUAGCGGGCCAGGAAGCAUUUUCACGAUGAAAGGUUAUGAGACUCGUGCUCUGUUUUCGCAGCCGCCGUUUACACCGGUGAUGAAUGAGACAGAUUGUGUUUUGCUAUGGAAGGAUCCUGUGGCGGAGUAUUUAUGGUCGCUUGUAUAAAUCUUGGGAAGGUAACUUGACUAUAUAGAGGAUAAGAAUGCGAUUACGAUUAACAUCAAAAUGUGUGAACACGAG